GUCAAUAAACAAAAACUAGGGUUUGUACGAGACGUUGGGCUUUGAUACAGUAUUUGUGUUGUUUUCCUUCAACAAUUUUCAGUUCUUCUCUGCCGAGCUAUACUCUCUUCAACCUGGCCAUCUCCAUAACUCGAAACCCUUUUUUCUGCGUUAAGAGAGAGAAAAUCAAAGCAGCAGCAAGCCAGCAACAAUGGAGUCAAGAGGUUUGACCCCGAAAGAGCAAGGCAUCCAAAUGAUGCUUGCUGCUGAUGUUCAUCUUGGCACCAAAAAUUGCGACUUUCAGAUGGAGCGUUACACCCACAAACGCCGUUCUGACGGUAUUCACAUCAUAAAUUUGGGAAAGACAUGGGAAAAACUUCAAUUGGCUGCUAGGGUUAUUGUUGCUAUUGAAAACCCUCAGGACAUUAUUGUUCAGUCAGCCAGGCCAUACGGUCAGAGAGCUGUGCUGAAGUUUGCUCAGUACACUGGAGCCCAGGCUAUUGCAGGAAGGCAUACUCCUGGAACCUUCACCAAUCAGCUUCAGACCAGUUUCUGUGAACCUCGUCUUCUCAUUCUGACUGAUCCACGUACCGAUCACCAGCCUAUCAAAGAGGGUGCUCUUGGAAAUAUCCCUACCAUUGCUUUCUGUGACACUGAUUCACCUAUGCGAUAUGUUGACAUUGCCAUCCCCGCUAACAACAAGGGCAGGCACAGCAUUGGUUGUUUGUACUGGCUACUGGCUAGGAUGGUUCUUCAAAUGCGUGGAACCAUUGGCGUUGGACAGAAAUGGGAUGUUAUGGUUGACCUGUUCUUUUAUCGAGAGCCGGAAGAGCGAAAAGAAACAGAAGAGCAAGAAGCUGUUGUUGCUGACUACGGUGACUAUGGUGGUGCUGCUCUCAUUGGAGACCAGUGGGCUUCUGCUCCACUUCCUGAGGGGAUUGCUUCAGCUGGUCAAAUUCCUCUAGUUUCUGAUGCUGAGUGGGCUACUGCUCCAGCUCCAGUAGCAGCAGCAGCAGUAUCAGCAGAAGCUCCAGUAUCUUCGAUUUCCGAAGGUUGGGAAGAGGUUGCUGCUCCACCCGCUUCUGGAUGGUAAUGAGCAGUAGUACAGGGGACAAAAUCUUGUUCAUCAAAGGCAACCCUCAAAAUUUUGGCAUUGAAUUAAAAGCAACACACUUUGAUACACUUCUAGUUGUAGACAAUGAAGUAAUGUGACACCAGUGAUUGUAAUCCAAUCAGUGUUUUUGUUUUAAUGAGAUAGUUCAUCAUCUGAGUUUCAGAGAUUAA